AUGAAGGCCCCUACCCUCCUCAGCAUCCUCGCCGGCGCGCUGCCCCUGAUGGCCGCGCCGACAGAGCCAGCCCGGCGCCAGGCAGAGGCCAUCCCGGGCAAGUUCAUCGUCCAGCUGCGGCCGGGCUCGUCCCCGGAGUCGGUGUCGGCGCACCAGCUGCGCGUGCGCGGCCUGCUGGGCCGGCGCGACGAGAGCAUCAAGGAGACGUACCAGAUCGGCGACUUCAACGCCUACGCCGGGGACUUCGACGCCGCGACGGCCGACGCCAUCGCCGGCCUGCCCGAGGUCCUGAGCGUCGAGCCCGACGAGUACAUCUACGUCGAGAAGACCGACUUCGACAGCGCCGGCAGCAGCAGCAAGCGUGCCCUGACGACGCAGAGUGGCGCGCUGUGGGCGCUUGGUGACCUCUCGCACAAGCUGAACGGAUCGAGGGACUACGUCUAUGACGAUCGUGCGGGCCAGGGGCAGACCGCGUACGUCCUGGACACGGGCAUUCGCCUGACGCACUCGGAGUUCGAGGGCUCGCGUGCCGUCUGGGGCUUCAACGGCGUCACGGGGUCUGCGCAGCAGACUGGCACCAACUCGGAUGACGAUUCCCACGGCACUCACGUUGCUGGGUCCAUCGUGGGCAAGGUCAACGGCGUGGCCAAGAAGGCGAAGGUGGUUGAUGUGAAGGUGUUCAGUGGCGGAGGUGGUGCCACUUCUCAGGUGCUGGCCGGUCUCAGUUGGGCUGUCAACGACAUCAUUUCGAAAGGAGCAAAGGCCACAUCGGUCAUCAACAUGUCCCUGUGUAUCACCAUCGUCGCAGCAGCAGGAAACAACGAUGGCCCUGCCUCCGCGCAUUCACCGGCGCGUGUGCCUGAAAUCAUCACAAUCGGCAUGACCAAUGCCGCUCGCAAGCGAGUGCUUCUCAUCGAAGGCAUCUUUGGCAGCAACUAUGGCCCCGAGCUUGACUUUUUCGGCCCGGGCCAGGACAUUGUGUCCGCCGAUUAUAAAAUCGGACACCGGCUUUGUCACCAAGACGGGCACCAGCAUGGCGACCCCGAUCACUGCGGGACUUAUCUGCUACUUGCGAUCCAUCGAGACCGGGCUCGGAACUCCUGA